AUGCCAUCAGCAUAUAAAAGUAAAGGCAAAGGCCGCGAUGCGCGCCAAUCGCGAAGCCGGAAUACAACCCCGUCAAAUGCGGGCAGCACCUCGGCUUCAGCGCCAGCUCUCCCUAGCUACCUCGAAAAUGAUGUCUCUAAGCUUAUCGACCUAGCGAAUAGCCAGUACACAGACCUCCUUGACCUGCUUGCUGGGCCCAACAUUCCCGACUCGAAAACUCUAGAGACUCUUGUAGAGCAUCUCAAGAGCUUGAGCGAUAUGGCCGACGCGCGUGGGGAGGUUUGCAAUGCCGGCAUGCGGGAGAUGUCCCAGAAACGAAAGGAUGUUGUGGAAGAUCAAGACCUGAAUCGCGAAGUGGUGGAGCGUGGGAAGCUAAAGCGGGAGACGGAAGAAGACGAGGAUCAGAUCAACAAACCACGGCCGAAGAAGCGACGAGACCGGCCCGGCAAGGAAGACCGGCCUUUGAAUCACGGUGCUCAUGAGGUGGGGCGUCAAGAUGGCGCUGAAACAAAGGUUGAAGGUGCCGCGUCCCCGGGCUCCAAGAACUCGAAAACCGGCUGCUCCGAUGGCAGCUCCUCCCUUUCACCGCCGUCUAUGAUGUCUCCCAAUGGUGGCCACAAUGGAGCUGAUGGGGCUGCUGCCGUUGCUGAGUCUUCUGGCUCCGACUCUAGAGAAUCUUCCCAUCAGCCUGAACCUCAGCCUGCGGUACCCCAGAUACAAGUCUUCGGCGAAAAUCCACUGGAAUAUGACGAUCCGACGGUAUACCACAUACGCGAUGUCACCCCUGACAUGGAUGAUGAAGAGAAGAAGCAAAUUUACAGUGUAGCUCGGUUCCCUAAGAGCGACCUCUCGCACAUGAUGGCUGGAGUGCCCCCAGACAAGGACUUCAGUAAUGCCAAGCCUUCGAAUCAGGUCAGCGCGAAUACUUUUCUGGCCUUCAUUGAGCCAUACGUGCGACCAUUGAUGGAAGAAGAUAUUGCUUGGUUACGUGAGCGCGGAGACCGCACUACUCCAUUCAUUCUUCCGCGCCGUGGUAAGAAGUCCUAUCGGCAGCUCUGGGCCGAGGAGGAUGGGUUGCCUUACGACUCGACACAGGAUGACAAGGAUCAGCUUCCGUUGAACCAAGGUCGGGGGAGUAUUGAACAACUGACCGACGAUAAACUCGAAACGAACGAGAUUUCUGUUGGACCAUUGGUAUCUCGCUUAAUGUCUCUUCUACGCUACGAGCACCGUACUCCCUCCGAAGAUAAUCCAAACUCCACAAACGGCGAAGGCAGCUCGAAUGGGGUGAACGGAGAUGCAAUGGACCUCGAUCAGCCCAAUGGGGCCUUCCGUGAUGCCGAUCCCAAUGGUUUCAAAACUUCAGUCGCCAAGCUUGACCACGCACAGCUGGAUGAACGCGCAAAGGCCGAGCUACGCUACAUCGGCUUCCUCGGUCCGGAUGACAACCCAGACUAUGACGCACAUAACGACGACGAAGUGGCUGAGCGUCUCCGUCUUCUCCAAGGCGAGCUCAAGAAGGUCAUCGUCACUAAUAACGCCCGCAAAGCUCGCAUCCUCAAGAUCGCUCAAGAGCACAUGGCUCUUCUGGAGUUCUCAACAAUUCAGGAUGACCUAGACUCCCAAGUCCAACAAGCCUAUCUCAAGCGAACCCGGACGAUGGGCAAGAGCAAGAAAGGCUCCCAGGCCAAGCACCGUCCUGGCGGUGCUGGCGGCGGCAGCCAUGUGGCCCAAGGUGUCUCUCGUCCCGCCGUUGGUGAUGCCGCCAAGAUCGUCAUGGACCGACGUAAGCGCUGGAAUGACGCCUUCUUGCCCAUCUUCGAUGACAUCAAAACUACUAUUCCUUCUGAGGGUGAAACUAUCUUUGAUCCCGCCGUUAUGGAAGAGUACGAAAAGGCCGAGCUGGAAGCUUGGGAUGAGGAGUAA